CCGAGUUACUGAUGUUUUGUUUGAAUGUUUCCCUACAGCCUGGGAAGAAAUGUUUAGCAGUGUACAGGAGGGAUGAGCCAAUGAACUAUACGCUCUCCGGCUGCACCAGUGAGACCACCUACCGGCCCAAAUACUGCGGCGUCUGCACAGACAAUCGCUGCUGCACCCCGUACAAAUCCAAGACCAUCGAAGUGAACUUUCAGUGUCCAGACGGGACUGGAUUCACCAGGAAAACCAUGUGGAUCAAUGCUUGCUUUUGCAACCUCAGCUGCAAAAAUCCCAACGACAUCUUUGCUGACUUGGCUCAUUAUCACGAUUAUUCGGAAAUCGCCAACUGAGUCGGCCCAAUGCUGGAAAGCAUGGAAAGGGGUGGGAGAAAUGGACCGACCUCC